AUGCAUCUGAAGGCGAUUUGGAUCAAAGAGCACUUUCUGGGGCCGAAUGAUUAUGAGGUGGGUCUCAGUGUUGGGCACCUGGCCAGUCUUCACAAUUACCACAUGCGCGAGUAUAAAAAGGCUGAGGCGCUCUACCUACGAUCUGUUCAAAUAAAUCUGGAUACAUUCGGACCGGGGUACAGUGAUUUGGAGUACCUUUAUAAGGGUCUUCAACAUGUCUAUCGGAAAAUGAAUAAUAUUGAUAAACUGAGGGAGUACAUCCAAAUCGUUGACGAAUGGGAGGAGUACCGACAGCAUCACGUGCCCAUAUUUUCUUGCGCUAUUGUCGAGGUCGCAAUGAAAGGUUACCUUGAGCCUUCUUCUCCCUCUGUUACGCAUCUGGACACCAUAUGGAGGGAAUUCUGCCACAUAUUUGAGACGCAGUUGGGUGGGAUCUGA